AUGGCGCAACAACUGCCUGUGAUAACCCCGGCGAGUUUAAAGAGCACCAAGAUGAGGGGCUCGCGACUCCUCAUCAUCCUGCAACUGGUCUACAUAACCAACUGCAUGGACCAGCUGCACAUCGUGUACGAGUGGAAACAGCUGGACUUCCAGUUCCCGACGCCCGAGGAUCGACAGCAGGCGGUGGAGAGCGGCGCCUUCGUGCCGGAGAACUGCAUGCCGAUGGGGGUGGAGGUAUAUGACGGGAGGCUGUUCAUCACCGUGCCUAGGUGGCGCUCUGGUGUACCGGCUAGCCUGGCCUACAUCAACCUAAAAGAUAACUCGACGAUGUCCCCGAAGCUGAUGCCGUACCCGAAUUGGGCGGCGCACACUCCAGGCGCUGAUGGCAAGUCCGAGAUCGUCUCACCGUUCAGGGUGCGCGCAGACCGCUGCGGCCGCCUGUGGGUCUUGGACAGCGGGAAGACCGACAGCCUGGGCAACGGCACCGUGAAAUACCCACCGGCGCUGCUGAUCUACGACCUGAAGACUGACCGGCUGCUCAGAACUUACGUCCUACCCAAGGAGCAGGUGAAAGAGGACUCGGGUUUCGCGACGAUAGCGGUGGAGGACCGCGACUGCGAAGACACCUACGUCUACUCCGGCGACGUAGGGAAGGCCGGCGUCGUGGUCUACUCGUGGGCGAAGAACAGCAGCUGGCGCAUCAGCCACCACUACUUCCACCCGGACCCGCUCGCGUGCGACUUCAGCGUGAAGGGGCACAACUUCAGCUGGACCGACGCAAUCUUUGGCCUGGGGCUCUCCGGACCAAACGCAGACAACUACAGCACGCUCUACUUCCACCCGAUGGCCAGCUACAACGAGUUCUCUGUGUCCACCGAGUACUUGAGGAACCAGUCGGUGGCCGAUGGCAACUUCGACGCGUUCAAGCUGCUCGGCAGCAGAGGUCCCAAUGCCCAGUCAAGCGUUUCCUUCGUCGACCCCAAGACGGGGGUCCUGUUCUACUCCCUGGUCAACCUGAACGCGGUCGCCUGCUGGAGGACGACCAACAAGGCCUACGACAUGAAGAACCAGGGCCGCAUCUACAUGAACGACGAGACGAUGGUGUAUCCGACCGACAUCAAAGUGGACUACGACAACAACCUAUGGGUCCUCUCGAACCGCAUGCCGGUCUGGAUGUACGGCAAGCUGGACCCCAACGAGGUUAACUACAGGGUGUUCUCCGCGCCCGUUCUGGACGCGAUCAGCCACACGGCCUGCGACGUCACUCCCAGGUCGGACAUCCUCGACAAGUUCGUCAAUAAGAUAAAGAACGUCACCAACAAAAUCGCCACGAAAAUCAACCCCAACUCUGCCGCUGAAAAGGAACUGAGGACGUUUAAGGCGAAAUGUUUCCGAUGCUUGAGGGGCCCAAAUCUGAUGAAGACCCUGGUGGUUGCUGGGUGCGUCGCUAUCGUCGUCCAACAGAUAAGCGUCUGCGUGAACAAACUGAUAGAUAUACCGAUAACUACUUACACCCAUUUCGACUUCAACAAGACCGUGCUGUAUCCCAGCGUGACCUUCUGCCGUGAGCCGCCGUACAAAUACGAAGAGCUGUUGGACUACGGGCUCUACUCACACCCUCGGUACACAUCCGCCUGGAUCAACUUCAACUUCUCGGCGGUGAGCUUGGACCGUCUGUGGCAGGAGACCACGUACGACGAAAGCGAGUUCUUCGUUCAAUACGGCCUUGAGGGAUCGGCGGACAACGUCGCGAUAACAUCGACCCUGGGCUUCGUCACGGGCCGUUGUUUCACGCUCUCCCCGAAGAUCCUGAGCGGCCACGCCUCGAAGGCCUCUGGUUACUCCAUCACCUUGCAGCACCGCGCCCUGGACGUAUCCACCAGCACCAGCAUAUACCCGCCAGGGUAUCACGUCUUUGUUCACUACACGCGGGAGCCGUAUACCGAAGUGGAAGUAUACAAUGGAGGCUUGGUGGACUAUAUGUACAUCAACACAGGCGAAACAAUAGACGCGAAACUGACAGUCGAUGAAUACGUCAAGAUAUCCAAAGAAGAUGACCCUUGCACCUACCUUAGCGAUUACAGCGCGAACGACUGCACGACUCAGUUCGUCUGGGAUCGGGUUGGCAACCAGGUUGGCUGUUCAGGGCCUUGGAUGCGAAGCAGCCUGCCGCGUUGCAACAACUACACAGCUAUAAGAAACCUCAUAUCGGCAUAUAUGAACACGUACAACAACCACGGCUGCGAUAUGUGCCCGAGGUUUUGCCGAUCCUACCUUUACAACGUUUUCGUGACGGACAGACAAAGUUUUUACGCGUGGGACGCUUCGAUAAACCUGUGGCAUUUUAAAACCGACAGUGUAACCCUGCAGUCCCAGAACGGCUGGCAAUUGUUGCAGCUGUUCAUCCAUUUCAACAGCAUGAUGGUCUCCGUUUACGAGGAGCGUUACAACUAUGACUGGAACCUGUUCGUCUCGGACCUGGGUGGGAGCAUCGGUUUCCUCCUGGGUCUAUCCGUCAUCAGCGUCAUGUCGAUCCUGGGGAGCGUUUGGUUUGAGAUCAUCAAGCCACUGAUUGUAAAGAAGAAGGUCAGAAAGGAUAUCAUGAGCGUGACAGGUUCCACCAGCACCACCGACGUGGCAAUUAUAUACAAGGACCAUAAACUGUAUGAAGACGAUUUCGGCAAAGUUAGCGCUAGGAAAUUGACGAUUUCCGACCGCCAGUUCUCAAAUGGUCCCCAACGAUGCAUGGAAUGCACGAGCGCUCCAAGUGUGGAAUAUAAUGUUGGAGAG